AUGUACAGGUUUCUUCCAAUACCCGCAACCGCUUUCGACCCGCUCAAUGAGAUGAUAGUCGCUAUACGCUACGGGCUCUUUCCUACGCUUCUCGCGAUUUGGUUCAACCCCAGCAUGUGGGGAAUACAUCGGCGGGAUGUCAGAGCUCGGAUAUCACGAACUUUCUUCUUCCAUGUAUGGAGACGCGUGGCCGAAGAUACCGAUAGACUCCAUCGGGAGAGGAAAUUGGAACUCAUCAGACGACGAGCUUUUGGGGUUGUACUUGACGUUGGGGCCGGGCUCGGCCAUGCCCUUCGAUACCUUGACUCUAGACUGGUGACGCUAUACAUCGCAUGUGAGCCAAACCAGGCCAUGCACCCCGCUAUUCGAACUGAAGCCAAAAAAGCUGGCUUGAAAGCGCAACAAUGUGUGAUUUUUCCGAAUUCGGCCAAUGAGCUGCAACAUCUGAUAGACUCUAAACAUCCGAAACUGAUACCAGGAUCGGUCGACACGAUCAUAUCGAUCCUCUCACUUUGCUCGAUAUUCCAUCCCGAGCAGGAGCGUCUAGACUAUUCCAGAUGGAGGUCAGAUCACCAAGCGAUUUCUCAAGUGAUUGCGACCCUACUCAAGCCCAAGACGGGCAAGAUUUUAUUCCACGAACUGGUCCCCAAUGAGUCAUCACCUCGGAUCCACGCUUGGCAAAGGUUUUGGUCCCCGAUUAGAUCGAUCUACUUUGGCGGCUGUCGACUCGAUGUCCCUUGUCUUCGAAUCUUGAGGGACUUGGGAGGUUGGUCCCGGGUCAAAACUUGGGACACUCACGACGAGGAUCCUGAUACCCUUUUCCCUCACCAAACUGGCGAAUUGAUCAAAGCCUAAAUAUCCAUUCCAUUCCAUUAACAUAAAUUAAUGCCCUC